AUGAGAGAGAGAGGCAAAGCUGUGGAGAUGUACAGCAAUGACCUUUUCCAAGAUUGCAGCAUCUUAUCAUCUGAUCUUCCAUGCAAGAAACACCCAUCAUCUUCUUCAGUUGGUAUAUGUGCUUAUUGUCUCAAAGAUCGUUUAGUCAAGCUGGUCUGCUCAGACUGUGGAGAACAAAGGCUUUCUUCUUGCUCUUGUUCUGAGAUCUCUUCCAAUCACAAUUCCUGUACUGUUGAGGUAGGCAGUGUUGGUCUCAUUUCAUUCUUGAUAGAAAAAGAUAAAAAAAGUGAAGUUUUUUCCCAUUCAAAUUCUAAGCCCAAAACUAGUGGAGAAAAAGCAGAUGAAGUAUUCUUCCUUAAGAGAAGCAGUAGUAGCUGUGUUGAGAUAAAGAGGAAAGGUAGGUUUUGGAGGAUUGGCAAGCUGUUUAGCAAGAAAAGGGAAAAGGGUUGUGAGAGAAGCAGUGUUGGCGGUUUCGAAGAAAAAAGUGAUCUUUGGGUUGUUGAUGACAUGAGCGUUUCCAGGUCCAGGUCUCUAUGCAGUUUCAGAGGCGGUGGCUUUUUUGGUUCUGAAGAUGGUGCCUUUUCUGGUAAUAGGAGUUCUAUUUCUGGUGCUAGGAGUUCUAUUUCAGCUGCUAGGAGUUCCAUUUCCGCAGCUAGGAAUUCUGGUGUCAAUGGUGGUCUGCUCUUUGAUCCUGAUAGAAAAAGCGGCUCCAGUGAAGCAGAGCCAAGAAAAAGUGGCUUCGACGUUGAAAAGAAAGACACUAGUGUUUCAGAUCCCAAAAAGCUUGAUCCUGGUUUUAAUGGAGAAAACACUAGACGUGUGUUUUCACUUAGAGAAGGCAACUUUACUACUAUGGAUGAUUCAGCCUUCAUUGAACUCAAGUUUGAUUUGCCGUCAGAGUCCAGAGCAGAUUUACCUUGUGCGAAGAUUGGUGGUGCUUUGUCAGAUUCAAAUUCUGCUUUUGGUAGCAUGAGAGGCGGUGAUUUUCUGACACAGCAUCAAUGUGGAGGCCCUUUUGGGACCCUUAUGGGAGAUGCGCUGUUCACUAAUGGAGGUUCAUGUAGGAUCACAGUUAGUGACAGAGGAAUCAAAAGGAGCGGGAAAAGUUUCAAGAGUUGGAGAUGGAUUUUCAGGCACAAUCCUAAUGCAAGGAACAAAGACGAAGACAUUGUGGUCAAACCCUUAGCUUAG